AUGGAGCCGCACGUGCUCGGCGCCGUCCUGUACUGGCUGCUGCUGCCCUUCGCUCUUCUGGCCGCCUGCCUGUUCCGGGUCAACGCGCUCUCCCUGGUCUACCUGCUGUUCCUGCUGCUGCUGCCCUGGUUCCCGGGCCCCUCCCGGCACAGCAUCCGAGGUCACACUGGCCGCCUCCUCCGAGCCCUGCUGGGCUUCAGCCUCCUCUUCUUGGCUGCCCACCUUACCUUCCAGAUAUGCCUGCAUACUGUGCCCCGCCUGGACCAGCUUCUCCUGGACUCACCAAGCUGCAGCCCCUGGGACACCAUCACCUGGGACACCAUCUCCCGGCAUAUUGGGGUCACGAGGCUGGACCUGAAGGACAUUCCCAAUGCCAUCCGCCUGGUGGCCCCUGACCUGGGCAUCCUAGUGGUCUCGUCCCUGUGCCUUGGGGUCUGCAGGCGCCUCACGAGGACAGCCCAGCGCAGCCAGCACGUCCAGGAGCCGGAUGAUGACAGUGAGGAAGCAGACGCUGGCUCCCUGGGGGAGCUGCAGGAAGCCCCUGCACUGUCCCCCACGCGGAGAUCUCGGCUGGCUGCCCGGUUCCGGAUCACAGCGCACUGGCUGCUCGUGGCAGCUGGGCGGACGCUGGCCAUCGUGCUGCUCGCACUGGCAGGCAUCGCCCACCCCUCAGCCUUCUCCAGUGUCUACUUCCUGCUCUUCCUGGCCAUUGGCACCUGGUGGGCCUGUCACUUUCCCAUCAGCCCCUUGGGCUUCAACACACUCUGCGUCAUGGUGGGCUGCUUUGGCACCAGCCAUCUCAUCUGCCUCUAUUGCUACCAGACACCUCUCGCCCAGACCACUCUCCCACCUGCCAGCAUCUGGGCCAGGGUGUUUGGUCUCAAGGAUUUCGUGGCCCCCACCAACUGCUCCAGCCCCAACAUGCUGGUCAUCAAUGCCAACCAUGACUGGCCCGUGUAUGUGAGCCCCGGCAUCCUGCUGCUGCUCUGCUACACGGUGACCUCGCUCCUGAAGCUCCACGCCCGCCAGCCUGCGGACCAGAGGAAGGAGGCGGCCAGAGACGAUGACGCACGGGAGGUGGAGUUGACCGAGGUGGACCAGUGGCCCCAGGGUCAGGCCAGGGUUGUGGCCAUCAAGGAGGAAGGGGCUGCCCAGCACACAAUGCCUGCUCCCACAACACCAGACCCCGAGGACAACUGCAUCGUACACGACCUCACUGGCCACAGCGCCGUCCAGCAGCGGCCCUCAUGCCCCCGGCUGGUUGAGCCAAAGGAGACGUCUCCGCUGCACGGCCUGGGUCACCUCAUCAUGGACCAGAGCUACGUGUGUGCCCUCAUUGCCAUGAUGGUGUGGAGCAUCACCUACCACAGCUGGCUGACCUUCGUGCUGCUGCUCUGGGCCUGCCUCAUCUGGACGGUUCGCAGCCGCCACCAGCUGGCCAUGCUCUGCUCGCCCUUCAUUCUGCUCUAUGGGCUGGCGCUCUGCUGCCUGCGUUACGUGUGGGCCAUGGACCUGCAGACUGAGCUGCCCACCGCCCUGGGCCCUGUCAGCCUGCGCCAGCUGGGGCUGGAGCACACCCGUUACCCCUGCCUGGACCUGGGCGCCAUGCUGCUGUGCACCCUGACCUUCUGGCUCCUGCUGCGCCAGUUUGUGAAGGAGAAGCUGCUGAGGAGGGCACGGGUCCCCGUGGCGCUGACGGAGGUCACCGUGGCCACCACAGAGCCCACACGGACGCAGAUGCUGCUGCGGAGCCUGGGGGAGCUGGUCAGGGGCAUCUACGCCAAGUACUGGAUCUACGUGUGUGCAGGCAUGUUCAUUGUGGUCAGCUUUGCUGGCCGCCUGGUGGUCUACAAGAUCGUCUACAUGUUGCUCUUCCUGCUCUGUCUCAUCCUCUUCCAGGUCUACUACAGCCUGUGGCGGAAGCUGCUCAAGGCAUUCUGGUGGCUGGUAGUGGCCUACACCAUGCUGGUGCUGGUGGCCGUCUACACCUUCCAGUUCCAGGACUUCCCGGCCUACUGGCGCAACCUGACGGGCCUCACUGAUGAGCAGCUGGGGGACCUGGGCCUGGAGCAGUUCAGCGUGUCUGAGCUCUUCUCCAGCAUCCUGGUCCCCGGCUUCUUUCUGCUCGCCUGCAUCCUGCAGCUGCACUACUUCCACCGGCCCUUCAUGCAGCUCACCGACCCUGAGCACCGGCCGCUGCCCGGUGCCUGCAUCCCACGCUGGGUUCCUGGGCAGGACGCGGUGAGCCGGACCCCCCUGCUGCAGCAGGAGGAAGAGGAGGAGAUGCCUAGGGACGAGGGGUUGGGCACAGCCAGCCCCCACCAGUCCACGCAGGUCCCAGAGGGUAAGUUCAAGGUGUCUGGACUUGAGUCCUGGAGCCCCAUCUGCACGGGACAGGAUGGCCCGGGCCCCUCCUCCUCACUGUCCAUCCCUCCAACCCCCCCAGCCAGCAAGUGGGGCCUGGUGGCCGAGCGCCUGCUGGACCUGGCCACUGGCUUCUCGGAUGUCAUCACCCGCGUGCAGGUGCUGGUGCGGCGCCUGCUAGAGCUGCAUGUCUUCAAGCUGGUGGCCCUGUACACUGUGUGGGUGGCUCUGAAGGAGGUGUCGGUGCUGAACUUCCUGCUAGUUGUGCUGUGGGCCUUCGCCCUGCCCUACCCACGCUUCCGGCCCAUGGCCUCGUGCCUGGCCACCGUGUGGACCUGCAUCAUCAUCGUGUGCAAGAUGCUGUACCAGCUCAAGGUGGUCAACCCCCAUGAGUACGCCAGCAACUGCACGGAGCCCUUCCCCAACAGUACGAACCUGCAGAAGACGGAGAUCCGCCAGUCCUUGCUGUACCGCGGGCCUGUCGACCCUGCCAACUGGUUUGGAGUGCGGAAGGGCUUCCCCAACCUGGGCUACAUUCAGAACCACCUGCAGAUCCUGCUGCUGCUGGUGUUCGAGGCCAUGGUGUACCGGAGCCAGGACUACCACCGCCACCGGCACCAGCUGGCCCCGCUGCCUGCCCAGGCCGUCUGCACCGAGGGCACCCGCCAGCGGCUGGACUGUGACCUGCCCAGCUGCCUCAAGUACUACGUGAAUUUCUUCUUCUACAAAUUUGGGCUGGAGGUCUGCUUUCUGGCGGCCGUGAACGUGAUCGGGCAGCGCAUGAACUUCAUGGUCAUCCUGCAUGGCUGCUGGCUGGUGGCCAUCCUUACCCGCCGACGCCGGGAGGCCAUCGCCCGCCUCUGGCCCAAUUACUGUCUGUUCCUGGCGCUCUUCCUGCUGUACCAGUACCUGCUGUGCCUGGGUGUCCCCCCAGCCUUGUGCAUCGACUACCCAUGGCGCUGGAGCCAGGCCGUCCCCAUGAACUCCGCGCUCAUCAAGUGGCUGUACCUGCCUGACUUCUUCAGUGCCCCCAAUGCCACCAACCUCAUCAGUGACUUCCUCCUGCUGCUCUGCGCCUCCCAGCAAUGGCAGGUGUUCUCGGCCGAGCGCACGGAGGAGUGGCGGCACAUGGCCGGUGUCAAUACUGACCGCCUGGAGCCGCUGCGGGGGGAGCCCAACCCCGUGCCCAACUUCAUCCACUGCAGGUCUUACCUCGACAUGCUGAAGGUGGCCAUUUUCCGCUACCUCUUCUGGCUGGUGCUGGUGGUGGUGUUCAUCACAGGGGCCACGCGCAUCAGCGUCUUUGGGCUGGGCUACCUACUGGCCUGCUUCUACCUGCUGCUCUUCGGCACCAGCCUGCAGCAGAAGGACACGCGUGCCCGCCUCGUGCUGUGGGACUGCCUCAUCCUUUACAACGUCACUGUCAUCGUCUCCAAGAACAUGCUCUCUCUCCUGUCCUGCGUCUUUGUGGAGCAGAUGCAGAGCAGCUUCUGCUGGGUUAUCCAGCUCUUCAGCCUCGUAUGCACCGUCAAGGGCUACUACGACCCCAAGGAGAUGCUGGGCCGCGACCAGGACUGCCUGCUGCCCGUGGAGGAGGCGGGCGUCCUGUGGGACAGCGUCUGCUUCCUGUUUCUGCUGCUGCAGCGCAGGGUGUUCCUCAGCUACUACUUCCUGCACGUUCAGGCCGAGCUCCGCGCCACCGCCCUGCAGGCCUCCAGGGGCUUCGCCCUCUACAAUGCUGCCAACCUCAAGACCAUCGAGCUCCACCGUAGGGCAGAGGAGAAGUCGCUGGCCCAGCUGAAAAGACAGAUGGAGCGGAUCCGGGCCAAGCAGGAGAAGCACAGGCAGGGCCGGGCCAACCGAGGCCGCCUUCAGGGCUCCCCAGACCCCGGCCAAGAGCCAGGGCCCGGCAGUCCAGGGGGCGCCUCCCCGCCACGACAGCAGUGGUGGCGGCCCUGGCUGGACCACGCCACAGUUAUCCACUCCGGGGACUACUUCCUGUUCGAGUCGGACAGUGAGGAGGAGGAGGAAGCCCAGCCUGAGGACCCCAGGCCAUCAUCACAGAGCGCCUUCCAGAUGGCGUACCAGGCGUGGGUGACCAAUGCUCAGACGGUGCUGCGGCAGCAGCGGCGGCAGCAGGCCGAGCAGCUGCGCACAGAUCCCCUGUGCCUAGGAGGCGACCCAAGCCAGGAGGCAGGGCCGGCAGAGGGCUUGGAGGACGAGGUGACCGGCCGCAGCCAUGUGAUGCAGCGAGUGCUGAGCGCUGUGCAGUUCCUGUGGGUGCUGGGCCAGGCGCUGGUGGACGGGCUCACGCGCUGGUUGCACGACUUCACGCGGCACCACCGCGCCAUGAGCGACGUACUGCGCGCUGAGCGCUACCUGCUCACACAGGAGCUGCUCCGGGGCGGAGAGGUGCGCCGGGACGUGGUGGACCAGCUGUACGCCAGCGAAGCUGAGGCGGCCCGUGAUGCGCUGAGCACAGCAUCGAGCGGGCUGGGGGUGGAGGAGCCGCUGAGCAGCAUGACCGAGGACACCAGCAGCCCCCUGAGCACUGGCUACAACACCCGCAGCAGCAGCGAAGAGGUGGUCACCGAGCCCGGGGCUUCUCUGCGCGGCUCUGGGGAGCUUCCCGCCGGCGGCCGCGGCCGAAUGCGCACGGCCAGCGAGCUGCUCCUGGACAGGUGCGUGCACAUUCCGGAGCUGGAGGAGGCGGAGCAGUUUGCGGCAGGGCGGGGUCGGGUGCUGCGGCUGCUGGAGGCCAUGUACCAGUGCGUGGCUGCCCACUCGGAGCUGCUGUGCUACUUCGUCAUCGUCCUCAACCACAUGGUCACUGCCUCAGCCACCUCCCUCGUGCUGCCCGUGCUGGUCUUCCUAUGGGCCAUGCUCUCCAUCCCGCGGCCCAGCAAGCGCUUCUGGAUGACAGCCAUCAUUUUCACCGAGGUCACGGUGGUCGCCAAGUACCUGUUCCAGUUUGGCUUCUUUCCCUGGAACAGCCACGCAGUGCUGCGGCGCUAUGAGAACAAGCCCUACUUCCCGCCGCGCAUCCUGGGCCUGGAGAAGAGCGACAGCUACGUCAAGUAUGACCUGCUGCAGCUCAUGGCGCUCUUCUUCCACCGUGCACAGCUGCUGUGCUAUGGCCUCUGGGACUAUGAGGACCCCCCACUGUCCAAGGAGCACGACAGGGGCAGUGCCAAGGAGAAGGGGGCUGAGGAGGAGCCAGCCCUGCCCACACCCCAAGAGGAGCCAGGAGGGGCAGCCAGGCCCCCUGCUGAGGACAACGGCCAGGCGGAAGCCAAGGGUGGGCCCCUAGAGCCCGGCGACAAGAGGCGCAUCAGCCUCCGUUUCAGGAGGAGGAGGAAGGAGAGCACAGAAGCCAGAGGACAGGCCGUUGAAGGCGAGGAGGAGGCGGCGGCAGUGGCGGUGGCGGCGGCGGGGGCAGCGGCCUUGCGGAGAGAGAAGAAGCGGAGUCGCCCCCGGGAAAGAGUGAGGGUGCUGGGGGUCCGGCUGCAGAGCUUCUGCCUGUCCCUGGCCCAGAGCAUGUACUGGCCUGUGCGGCGCUUCUUCCAGGACAUCCUGCACACGAAGUACCGGGCCGCUACCGACGUCUAUGCCCUCAUGUUCCUGGCCGACGUCAUCGACUUCAUCAUCAUCAUUUUUGGAUUCUGGGCCUUUGGGAAGCACUCGGCUGCCACGGACAUCACAUCCUCCCUGUCAGACGACCAGGUGCCCGAGGCUUUCCUGGUCAUGCUGCUGAUCCAGUUCAGUACCAUGGUCAUCGACCGCGCCCUCUACCUGCGCAAGACCGUGCUGGGCAAGCUGGCCUUCCAGGUCGUCCUGGUGCUGGCCGUCCACCUCUGGAUGUUCUUCAUCCUGCCCGCCGUCACCGAGCGGAUGUUCAGCCAGAACGCUGUGGCCCAGCUGUGGUAUUUUGUGAAAUGCAUCUACUUCGCUUUGUCCGCCUACCAAAUCCGCUGCGGCUACCCCACCCGCAUCCUUGGCAACUUUCUCACCAAGAAGUACAACCACCUCAACCUCUUCCUCUUCCAGGGGUUCCGGCUGGUGCCAUUCCUGGUGGAGCUGCGGGCGGUGAUGGACUGGGUGUGGACGGACACCACGCUGUCCCUGUCCAACUGGAUGUGCGUAGAGGACAUCUAUGCCAAUAUCUUCAUCAUCAAGUGCAGCCGAGAGACCGAGAAGAAAUACCCGCAGCCCAAGGGGCAGAAGAAGAAGAAGAUCGUCAAGUACGGCAUGGGCGGCCUCAUCAUCCUGUUCCUCGUGGCCAUCAUCUGGUUCCCACUGCUCUUCAUGUCCCUGGUGCGCUCUGUGGUCGGCGUCGUCAACCAGCCCAUCGACGUCACCGUCACACUCAAGCUGGGAGGCUACGAGCCCCUGUUCACCAUGAGUGCCCAGCAGCCGUCCAUCGUGCCCUUCACGCACCACACCUAUGAGGAGCUGUCCAAGCAGUUUGACCCCCACCCGCUGGCCAUGCAGUUCAUCAGCCAGUACAGCCCUGAGGAUAUCGUCACGGUGCACAUCGAGGGCAGCUCCGGGGCGCUGUGGCGCAUCAGCCCGCCAAGCCGGGCGCAGAUGAAGCGGGAGCUGUAUAACGGCACAGCCGACAUCACCCUGCGCUUCACCUGGAACUUCCAGAGGGACCUGGCUAAGGGCGGCAGCGUGGAGUACACCAACGAGAAGCACACCCUGGACCUGGCCCCCAACAGCACCACCCGGCGGCAGCUGGCCAGCCUGCUGGAAGGUACCUCGGACCAGUCAGUGGUCAUCCCCCACCUCUUCCCCAAGUACAUCCGUGCCCCCAACGGGCCUGAAGCCAACCCUGUGAAGCAGCUGCAGCCCAACGAGGAGGCUGACUACCUCGGCGUGCGUAUCCAGCUGCGCAGGGAGCGUGUGGGCACAGGGGCAGCUGGCUUCCUCGAGUGGUGGGUCAUUGAGCUGCAGGACUGCCAGGCCAACUGCAACCUACUGCCCAUGGUCAUCUUCAGUGACAAGGUCAGCCCACCCAGCCUGGGCUUCCUGGCCGGCUAUGGCAUCAUGGGGCUGUAUGUGUCCAUCGUGCUGGUCAUCGGUAAGUUCGUGCGCGGCUUCUUCAGCGAGAUCUCGCACUCCAUCAUGUUCGAGGAGCUGCCGUGUGUGGACCGCAUCCUCAAGCUCUGCCAGGACAUCUUCCUGGUGCGGGAGACGCGGGAGCUGGAGCUGGAGGAGGAGCUCUACGCCAAGCUCAUCUUCCUGUACCGCUCGCCCGAGACCAUGAUCAAAUGGACGCGCGACAAGGAGUAG